AAAGAUCUUCUUAAACAUGCAUAUGGCAGACGAUAGCGGAUCUAGCACUGAUAACCCAUCUCAGCCGAGAGAUGCCUCUGAGCAGGAGAGACAGUUGCAAGAGGAGGCAGCACGCAUACAGAGGGGCCUUUGUGUCAUGCAAGAGGUCGUGAAAGCUCGAACAGAAGGAAAGAAAUUUGCCGUACAGUGGAAUAAGAAAGGACAAGCUGUACGGUCAAAUAAAUUUAUCAGCUAUAUUGGGGCAGUGGCACGAAGCACCGUGCCCAUUACAGCGCAGCACUGGAGGAGGGUUGAUCGUUCAGUGCGAGACACUAUUUGGACAGAUGUAUCGUCUGCAUUUGAUAUAGAUGAGAGCAGGAAGAGGUUUGUGGAGGGGAAGGCUGGGAGGGCACUACGCUCUUUCCGAUAUUUUGUCACACACAAGUACUUGAAGGAUCCUUCCACAGCCGACGAGUCCCAGGUUCCUAGCUUGAUACGGGACUUGGUCAAACCAGAGGAUUGGGCUGCUUUUGUGACGUCACGUCGUGAUAGGCAAUUUCAAGAAUUAAGUUCCAAAAUAAGGAAAGAGUAA